GGGAUAAUCUAUGGCGUUGCUACCUUCGCGGUUCUGUGGACGCUAGGCUGGCUGUACAGAGACAGUCUGAAAGUAGAGAACAUCAAGGAGAAGUAUGUGUUGGUGUGACGGGGUGUGACUCUGGCUUUGGGAACUUGCUCUGUAAGAGGCUGGACCGGCGGGGGGUUCAGGGUGAUAGCUGGGUGUCUGACAGAGAAAGGGGCUGAUGAUCUGAAGAGUGCGACUGGGCCGUACAUGAAGACGGUUCUCCUAGAUGUGACGAGCACCGCCAGUAUACAGAAAGCCAUGGAGUACACCAAGCAGGAAGUUGGAGAUAACGUUGAGAGACCAUAUGGAGUGGGGUUUAUGUUACUCACUGCUAGGGCCAGGAGUUUUUUCCACCUAUGUUCCUGACUAGUAAAAACUAUGUUUCCUAGCUGUAACCUAUCCUAGUCUGGUCGAAGGGUCAAGAAAAACACAUGGGCCUACGCAUGACUUAAACAGCAGUUGUGUCAAAUAAAACAGAUGCACUUGACUUGAAAUACACAGUGAAUCCAAAGCUGAAAACAUUUCUUAUUAAACAAUAUCUUCAUAUCUCUCUCUCUCCUCCCCCUCUUCCAGGACUGUGGGGUAUCGUGAACAACGAGGGGCGCUCCCUGCCCAUGGGUCCCUCAGAGUGGAUGAGGCUGAAGGCCUAUACCAGUAAUAAUAUAAUAAUAUGCCAUUUAGCAGAUGCUUUUAUCCAAAUCGACUUACAGUCAUGCGUGCAUACAUUUUUUGUGUAUGGGUGGUCCCGGGAUCGAACCCACUACCCUGGCGUUACAAGCACCGUGCUCUACCAGCUGAGCUACAGAGGACCACAAUUAAUUUACCCUGAAGGUCAACAUGAGGGGGGUGACAGAGAUGACUCUCACCUUCCUGCCCCUCAUCAAACAUGCCCAGGGCAGGAUCGUCAACGUGGCACCUUCCUGCCCCUCAUCAAACAGGCCCAGGGCAGGAUCGUCAUCGUGGCACCUUCCUGCCCCUCAUCAAACAGGCCCAGGGCAGGAUCGUCAUCGUGGCACCUUCCUGCCCCUCAUCAAACAGGCCCAGGGCAGGAUCGUCAACGUGGCACCUUCCUGCCCCUCAUCAAACAGGCCCAGGGGAGGAUCGUCAACGUGGCACCUUCCUGCCCCUCAUCAAACAGGCCCACGGCAGGAUCAUCAACGUUGCCUCAGUGCUGGGCAGGGUGGCGGCUAACGGCAGGGGAUAAUCUCUUAAAUUCGCUCUGGAGUCCUUCUCAGACUGCCUCAGGUAGGCUACUAUAGUUUGUUUGGAUCUUUGUAAGCCCACAAUGAGGGCUAAUCUUCCAGGUACUAUCACAACAACAUAUCUAUAGUAGUCAUCACAAAGCUCAAUUCAACCAAACCCGUAUUGCGGUAUUUACCUGCCGUAGAACAAUGUCUUAGACUCUUAUAGUCCCCUUUUCACUGAGCUACAAUAGUACAACAUUAUACAGUGUUAAAGAGCAACAUAACUCUCAUUAGUAGAAAAUCCCAUUGACAUUUGUCUCAAGACUACACGUAAUAUGACCAUCCUGGCUAUCAUACUACGGCCAGCUUAUCAUCCAGUUGGUUUCAGGCCUCAACCCCUCUCCUCUUCACUUUUCCUUUUCCCUCUGCGCUUUCCUCUCCUCUGUAGUCCUACCAUUGGCUGUACAAAUUCUUAACAGUUUUAACAAUAUCCCUUUUUUUUCCCCCAACCUAUCCAGAUCCAGCGGUUGAUCAUGAAUGCCAGCUUGUGACUCUGGCCUGAUCACACAACGAUGAGACCCUAUGGGAGGAGUCAAGCCUGGCGUGUUGUGCCAGGAAAAACUCUCCCCAACCAGACAAGGAUGAUGGACUAAGAAAAGAGGACUGAGAUCCAGCUGUAGUGGAACAGGUGAGCUUCAAGUCCUUGUGUCCAUCACCAACGACAUCAUGUCCAACACCCAGACAUCUGAAGAGGCGACAAGCUAUUCCCCCUCAGGAGACUGAAAAGAUUUGGCAUGGGUCCUCAGAUCCUCAAAAAAGUAUACAGCUGCACCAUCGAGAGCAUCCUGACUGGUUGCAUCACCGCCUGGUAUAGCAACUGCUUGGCCUCCGACCGCAAGGCACUACAGAGGGUAGUGCGUACGGCCCAGUACAUCACUGGGGCCAUGCUUCCUGCCAUCCAGGACCUCUAUACCAGGCGGUGUCAGAGGAAGGCCCUCAAAAUUGUCAAAGACUCCAGCCACCCUAGUCAUAGACUGUUCUCUCUGCUACCGCACGGCAAGCGGUACCGGAGUGCCAAGUCUAGGUCCAAAAGACUUCUCAACAGCUUCUACCCCCAAGCCAUAAGUCUCCUGAACAGCUAAUCAUGGCUACCCGGACUAUUUGCACUGCCCCCCCACCCCAUCCUUUUUACGCUGCUGCUACUCUGUUAAUUAUUUAUGCAUAGUCACUUUAACUCUACCCACAUGUACAUAUUACCUCAACUACCUCACCUAGACCGGUGCCCCGCACAUUGACCUGCAACGGUACCCCCCUGUAUAUAUAGCCUACCUACUGUUAUUGUAUUUUUACUUCUGCUCUUUUUUCUCUCAAAACCUACCUUUGUUUGUUGUUGGUUGUAUUUUUAAAAAUAACCUGCCACUGUUGGUUCAAGGGUCUGUAAGUAAGCAUUUCACGUAAUGUCUGCACCUGUUGUAUUCGGCGCAUGUGACCAAUAAAAUUUGAUUUGAUUUGAUUUGAUUUGACCUGAGUAAAGUGACUAACUGCGUGGAGCAUGCCUUGGUGUCUGCCCACCCCAGUACCCGCUACAGUGCCGGCUGGGACGCCAAGUUUGGAUGGAUCCCUCUCCCUUACAUGCCAUCCUGUGUCAUCGAUAUUGGGCUGAAACUGGUGAUGCCACGUCCUGCUAAGAGUGUG